AAUAGAAAAGUGAAAUCUCUGAAUUGAUCUUCUUCGCGUAAUUUCGCUCUCGUCAACAGCGAUUCAUUCUUCUACGAUCUACAUCGAUUAGUCCGUCCUGAAAGAUCUUUUCGUUUUCAGUUAAUGAUGUAGAACACCUACACGAUUACGAGGUAUCAACAGCAUUCUGAUUUGCAAUAAAGCUUGAUCAUUUGUGAGGAUGGAACCGCAACAUACCGAUGAUGUGUUGAAGCAUUUGGAGAAACAGACUGAAUUACUCAAAGAAGCUCAAAAGAACAUGUUGCAAGAACUCCAAAAACUUGAGGUUGAACAUGAGACGAUGAUGCGUAAACUCUAUGAGCUUAUGAACACUCAUAGUUUAAAUAAAAAGAAAAUGGAGGAAACUCAAAAUGUGUUGGAGGGAAGAGAAACAAUUGAAGCUUCAUCUCCUUCAACUGUAACUACUAAUGAUGAAGAACAUUGAAGAACUCAACUUUCUAUGAUAGACCGGGCCGGUUUUGGGCCGGGAUUGAAUGGGCCAAAGAUUGGAUCUUAGGUUUGAAAAUUUUGAAUCUAUCUUUACAAAGAAUCUGCAACCUAUGUACAUGUAUAAAUAUGUAAUUUCUACAUCUAAAAGCAAUCAAAUAAUAAUGUCAUAACUCAUAAAGUAACAUCAAUUGCUUGCA